AUGAGUAAUGUCAAAGUGGAUGUUCAGUGGUCUCCGGUUAAUGAUGACAUGUUCAUCACUUAUGGGACUGCAAUAAACCUGUAUCAAGCCAAGGAGAGAGAUGGCAUAUAUGAAUUAUCACACACAGAUGGGAAAUAUAGCACCAAUAGUUCAAAGAUUGUACAGCUGGCCACCAACUCUGAUCUACAGUUUAUGAAGUGUGUUGCUUGGUGCCCCCGAUCUGAGCUAAAAAAUGUUUUUGCAGUUGCUCAAGCCAACGGUCGUAUCAGCAUUGUUGGGUUUGGUAACUCACGAAAUGAAGAUUUAGUUGGAAAAGAGUUCAAUGCACGCUUCAACCGUCAGUGUAAUUUUCUGGCUUGGAAUCCACUGGAGACCAAUUUGUUGGCUCAAGGUCUUGAGAGAAGCAGAAGUGAGCCUUGCGUUCUGAUUUGGGAUGUGAUGAGUAACCCAGGCACUGACUCAACUGAGAGGACUAGGCACAGUUUCACUGAAGGUCCUAUUACAAAAGCCUAUGCUGAACUUGGUUCUGGAGAGACCAGUGCAUCCUUUGCUUGGUUUCCAAAUGAUCCUAAAACAUUUGUGGUUGGCAUGGCUCAUAAACAUCUCAGAGUUUACGAUCUCAGAGAUGUCAACAAGCCACGUUUGGAAGCUCACCACAGAUGUGUGGCCGGUGUUUGCAUUGAGCGCUUUGAAAACUACAGGCUGGCAUCUUACAUGGAAUCACAAGUGGCAAUAUGGGAUCUGAGAAGUUUUGAUAGACCUAUCAACAUAAUUACAGAAAACAAGAAUGUGACUAAGCUAAGCUGGUGUCCAACAAAAAUCAGUGUUCUUUCAGUCCUCAGCAAAGAUAGUUCCAGUGUCAGACUCCAUGAUAUUCGCAAUUCUUUGUUUGGUUCUGAUGAAAUUGAACAUGCUUCUAUUGAGCGCAAUAUUCAACCAUUUGGCAAGACUCAUCUCUCCUCCUUUGCUUGGCACCCUCGGCAUGAGAACAGACUUUUGGGUGUGCUACCUAAUGGUUCUAUCAGAGAUAUGACAGUGUCCGAACGCAUUCCUAUGCAAUGGUCCUCAAACUUCAAACUUAUGAUGACAGCGGACAAAGAUGAACUGAAAUGUCUAGAGAAGACAGAGAAGGAUGAUGUGUCUAAUCUGAUGAGGAAGAGAAUCAGUCUCAACUAUGGUCUACAAGCUCAGGAUAUUGUUACAAGCAUGAAGGCCAUAGAGAAUGAACCACACCUUCAAGGAUUAUGGAGGUGGAUUUACAACAUUCGAGCUUUAAUAGCUUCUCAAGGCAACAGCAAGCACCGCUACCAUCCUGCAACAGGCAUCCUUUCACUUCUUUGUCUGGAUAAAGAUGAAGACAGUCUCAGCAGUGAACCUGUGUCCAUACACUGGAAGGCUUCAGAAGGGGCAAGGUAUACUAAAAGAACACACUACAGAAGCAAUGAAAGGACAAUGGCAUUGCAGUUGUGUGGAUGGGUACCAGAUCACCCAAAUGAGGACUUUGACGGGUUCAUUGAAGGACUAGUUGAGGCUGGUGACCCAGAGAGGGCGUCUGCAAUUGCAUUAUUGUAUCUCCAUAUCAAGAGAGCUCUUGAGAUUCUCAGUAACUGUGCUAUGAGCGCUGAGCAAGAAGGUAAACCAAACCUACAGGCUGUGGCAAUGGCUUUGUCUGGCUUCACAGAAGACAAGAAUGCGUUAUGGAGGCGAACAUGUGGCACACUCAGAUACCAGUUAGAAAAUCCAUAUCUGAGAGCUAUCUUUGCUUUCCUAGCCUGUGACGAAGACAACUAUGAGGAUGUCCUGAAUGAAGAGGACAUGUCAGUUGAAGAUAGGAUAGCUUUUGCCCUGAACUACUUGCCAGAUGCAAAGCUGAAGCUCUAUUUGUGCAAGCUGGCAGAUGAACUGACAAAGGCUGGAGAUUUAGAUGGCAUUCUGCUUACAGGUAUGUCAAACAAAGGGAUUGACCUUCUGGAAAACUAUGUGGAUAGAACCUCCGAUGUUCAGACUGCUGCCAUCGCAACUGUUUUCUCUGUGUCACCUGCUGUUAUGAAGGACACAAGAGUCAUUGAAUGGAUAGAAGGAUACAGGGACCUGUUGGAUAGAUGGAGGUUUUGGAAUCAGAGAGCACAGUUUGACAUUGUCCGUCAGUCAUUUAGUCAGGAGUACAGAGUCACAACACAAGUGCAUGUCAGUUGUAACUUCUGUGGAAAGUCUGUGUCUGCAAAUGUGUCUUUCUUAGGCAGAGCUCGUAAUUUGCUCACAUCUCCCUUUUCAAGAGGUCCACAGAAUCGACCUAAG